AUGUUGUUUGGGAACAAAUUGGAUAGUGAGGUCUACCCACCAUGGAAGCAGUAUUAUAUGAACUAUACGCAUCUCAAGAAACUUUUAAAGGAAGGAGUAAUCUUACAAAACAACUGGAGCGAUACUGAUGAACAAAACUUCGUUAGUGCGUUGGAUUCUGAUUUGGAGAAGGUCUACACAUUCCAGGCUAACAAGUAUGAAGAAUUGAGUGAAAUUUUGGAUAAAUUGCAAGCAGAAACCGAAAACCCAACCAAUGAGUUUGAGGUGGACAAGUUCAGCAAUAAAUUAGAAGAAGCUUUGUCAGGUGCGCAGGAAUUGGACCAUUUCCAGAGAUUGAAUUAUACUGGAUUCAUUAAAGUGGUCAAGAAGCAUGAUAGAAUACAUCCGGAGUUUUCGGUCAAGCCUUUAUUGAAUGUUCGUUUAAAGAACUUGCCAUUCCACAGUGAAGACUAUUCUCCAUUAUUGUACAAAGUUUCGGCAUUAUUCCAGUUUUUAAGAGAUAAUUACGAUGUCAACGAGUCAUUGACUAAAUUAUCGUCCUUUAAUGAUGAUAAUAAAGAAGAAUUCCAAUCGUUCAAGUUUUGGGUACAUCCAGAUAACUUAAUGGAAGUAAAAACCACAAUUUUGCGUCACUUACCAGUUUUGGUUUAUGGUAAUAAGGUGGCUAGUGUUGACGAUUUAUUGUUGGAAGAUGAUGAUGAUGAGGAUGGAAAUAACGAUCCUAUAAUCAACUGUUUAUACUUCGAUAAUCCAAAUUUUGACUUGUAUAACAACAAGUUAGUGAAGAACAACGACUCGAGUUCUUUAAGGUUCAAAUGGAUAGGUAAGUUGUCUGACAAGCCAAGAAUAAGCAUUGAAAAGAAGGUUUUUGAUCCUUCUUCGCAAGAUUAUAAUGUUGGUGAAAAAUUAACCAUGAAGGAAAAGUAUCUUGACUCGUUAAUCUCUGGUAAUUUUUCUGCUGAUAAGUUGGUGAAUAAGAUGAUCAAGAAAGGAGAAAAAUCUGACGACAUUACCAAAUUUGCUGAUAACGUUUCUAAUUUAUCAUCGUUUAUCAAGGAAAAUAACUUACAACCAUGUCUCAGAACUGUUUACAAGAGAACUGCAUUCCAAAUCCCAGGUGAAGAUAAAAUUCGUAUUGUCAUUGAUUCCGAUUUAAUGUUUAUUAGAGAGGAUUCGUUCGACCAACAAAGACCAAUCAGAGAUCCUUCCAAAUGGCAUAGAACUGAUAUUGACUCGAACGUCAGUAACCCAUAUUCAUUAUUGCGUAAGGGUGAAUUUUCUAAAUUUCCAUAUUCAGUUAUGGAAAUUAAAGUUAAGAAUUCUAAGAACCGUAAGAGAUUAGUUUGGAUUGACGAUUUAGUUAGUUCUCAUUUGGUUAAAGAAAUUCCAAACUUUUCAAAAUUUAUUCAAGGUACUGCAUCAUUGUUCAUAGAAGACGACAAACUUGCCAAUAUUCCAUUGUGGUACAACGAGUUGGAGAACGAUAUCAAGGUUGAUCCUGAACAAGCGUACAUUGAUGCUAGAAGGAAAUCUCUAAAACAACAAAACGAUGAAGAAAACAUGUCUAAAUUCAAGACAAUGUUAUCUAAUUCUAGUGGCCCAUAUUCCCCAAGGUCAAAGUCUUUUUCGGGAUCAAUCAUCAACACUAAUAUUGAGCCAUUGUCGCCAUCUAAACAAUCUAAAUCAAAGUUAGAACCUCCGGCGGAAGAGCAACCAAACGAUGAAGAUCUUGGACACUCGUCUGAUGACUUUGAAGAAGAGCCAUCCAAAUUAAUCGCAAAUUUCAAAUUGCCCAAUUCCCUUAACAUUGCUAAGUUAAUCGAUGUUGACUCUGAAGACGAAGAAAUUGAAAUGCCGGCUGGUGUCAUUAAACCCGAAUCAUAUAUUAAAAAUGCUGGUCCAUUAAAGAUUGAACCAAAAGUUUGGUUAGCUAAUGAACGUACGUUCAAUAGAUGGUUACAUAUGACUACAUUGUUGUCCUCCUUAACUUUUAUUAUCUAUUCGUCUGCAAACAAAUCUAAUUCGUUCCAAUUAUCUGAAUUUUUAGCAUACAUCUAUUUCGCAUUAACAUUGUUUUCAGGUGCUUGGGGUUACUACAUUUUCAUGCGUAGACGUGAUAUUAUUGUUGAAAGGUCUGGCAAGCACUUGGAUAACGUAAUUGGUCCAUUGAUUGUUGGUGUAGGGUUGACUGCUGGUUUAAUAGUUAAUUUUGUUCUUGGUUUCAAAAGAGUUGCAUCUCAGGGGGAAUUUAACGAUUUCCAGCUCGCUGGUGUGAAUGAAACAUUUUAUCAAAAUAACCCUAUCCAAAAGGCUAUCCAUGAACUUGUUUUUAAGUUGGUUGGUGCCUAG